AUGUACCAAAUCGGUAGCCAGAAAUGGCUGUUUAUGCUAUCUGUCUUUGUACUGGACUUCCCCGGCGUGCAUAACGGAUUUGCCUGUUUGAGUAACCCAUGCGUGCAUGGUGUUUGUUUAGAUGAUCUAAACUCCACAUACUUUUGUUACUGCAUCGACGGUUACACUGGCAUACAGUGCCAAACAAACUGGAACGAAUGUUGGUCAUCUCCAUGCAAAAAUGGUGGGGUGUGUAUCGACGGAAUCGCUAUGUUUAAUUGUUCCUGUCCAGCUGGAUAUUCUGGGACCCUUUGCGAAGAAGACAUCAACGAAUGCGACAGCAAUCCUUGCCAAAACAAUGGUACCUGUUUAGACGCACAAAAUGGAUAUACCUGUAGUUGUCUUCCUGGCUACUCAGGAGUACACUGUGAAGUCGAUAUAGCCGUUUGCAAUGCUACCAACGAAACCAGAUGUGCAAAUGGAGGCAUUUGUGAAGAGGGCCCUGGAGAGACUUUUACUUGUAAAUGUCAAAAGGGUUGGGGAGGUUUUCUUUGUGACUGGGAAAUAGACGAAUGCCUCUCAGCCCCUUGUCAAAAUGGCGCUAUCUGCAUAGACCUGUUAGCGGACUACUCAUGUGCUUGUUUGUUUGGAUUUGCUGGCAGGAACUGUGAAGAAGUAAUGCAAAUAUGUGAUGAUAGUCCAUGCAAAAAUGGAGCGUUGUGUAUCUACGAAAAUGACCACCAUGUAUGUUACUGUGUACCUGAUUUUCAUGGAGAUCUGUGUCAGUAUCAAUAUGAUGAAUGUCAGCUUGGUCCCAGGUGCAAGAACGGUGGUAGUUGUAUUGAUGGUGUAGACAAUUUUACAUGUUCUUGUCCCCCAGGGCUAACUGGUGUCUUAUGCGAAUGCCUUAUACUGCCUAAUGGUAUUCUCGACUGCAGCUACGUCAGUCCAGUACCUACUGUAACUACUACAACUACUUAUGAUAAUCAGACAAUAUCUACAAGUGUUACUUUUAGUACCACAACUGAAGUGCCAACUAUCAAUCUUGAAUCAACUUUUUUAACCACUGUUUUUCCUAAUACGACACUUAGUACUACAGCAAUAACUAGUACAAAUGAACCGACUUCUGUCACAACAAUUUUUGAUAUUAACUUAAGUACAACUAUUUCUACCACAGAAUUUAUACCUACAACUACAGACACCAUUUUCAGCAGUACUAUAGAGAGUUCUAGUGACAAAAUUAGUUCCACGGAACCAAAUACUAUUGAGAGUAGUACUAUCGAUACCACCAUAAUAAGUACCACGGAAGUAAUUGUUAGUACUAAUGAUACCACCACUACAGAAGAAAAUACUGUCACUGAUCUUGAAAGUACCACAGUUACUACUUCAUCUUUUUCUGAGUACUCAGUUUACUCCACAGAUUUUCAGUUUGAGCCUUCCACGUCUACUAUUUAUUCAAACAUGUCCGCAACUUCCUCAGAAUUUCCAAGUACGUUUCCUAUAGAAGUUAGCAGUGCGCCAAUGUUGUCAACUUUUGAGACUACAGAAUUUACAACUUUUUCUACCCUUUUUGAAGACACUACUACCUUGAGUACGACUGUUAGGGAGAGAGAAAGAAACAGAACAUUUUCUGAAGAAACGACUACAUUUAUUUCGACGUUUUUUACAACAGAACCAGUUGUAAAAACAGAUACAACUACCAUUUCUACAACAAUAGAAACUACGACUGCCGAAGUAACCACUACAGCUGUGAUUAUAGACUGCACAAACAGUAGAACAAAAUGUUUAAAUGGAGGUACAUGUAUAUACAUAGAGGGAAGACAUAAGUGCCUUUGUAAUUUUGACUACGAAGGAGUUUACUGUGAAUCCAAACUUGGUGUCAAAAGAGCAGCUUUCGGUGGAAAUUCUUACCUUUCACAUAAACUUCAUGUUUCAACUUACCAUUUGGAUGUUGAAUUUAUAGCUAAAACUAUGGCAAAUGAUGGUAUAAUAUUUUUUUCCAAUGUAGAUUCACCGCACAUGGCUUUAUACAUGGAAAACGGUUUCUUAAAAUUUAAAUUUUCUUGUGGAUACCAAACCAUGCUCCUCAGUGAACUUAAAGUACCUGUUAACAAUGGUUAUGAUAUGAACAUCAAAGCUGGGUUGGAUUUUAGCAAAGAUUUCAAACAUUGUAAUGCAUCGAUUAAAGUAAAUGACAGCUUGUCUAUGACUGGGGAUCAAGUAGCUAAAAUAGAUAAAUUUCCUCGCCCCACUGCUUGGUUGUAUCUCGGUGGGCUUCCUCAUUAUUUGGCUUUAGAAGUUGGUAUACCUGUUGACGGUUUUGUUGGUUGCAUGACAAAUUUAAAAAUUGAAAAAAAGAAAAUUAAAAUAUACGACGAUGCAGAAGAUGGUCAUGAAAUCACCGAAUGUUCAUCAUUAGCCUGCCUAUCAAACCCGUGUAAAAAUGGUGCUUCUUGCAGUUCUGUCGGAGAAAACUGGCAGUGCCACUGCCGAAAUGGAUUUUUGGGAAAAUCUUGUGAAAUAUCUAUUUGCGAUGAUAAUCCAUGUCUUUUUGGUGGUACUUGUAUACCGUUUACAAACAGUGGCUAUAUCUGUCUUUGUCCUUAUGGAAAACACGGUCAUUUUUGCGAAAACGAUUUAAAAGUGAUCCAACCUUAUUUUUCAUCAUCUGUCCAUGGUUUAUCAUCAUUUGUAGCUUACCCGUUCCCAGAUGGAAUAUCAAGAUCUAUGGAAAUUAAAUUCAGAUUUACACCCACAACAAUGGAACAAAUUUCUUUGCUUCUAUUUAUAGGACAAGCUGGUCAUCACGAUUUCUAUUCUGAUCACGUGGCCGUAAGUUUUGUAAGAGGUUAUAUAAUGCUUACUUGGAAUUUAGGAUCAGGUCCUAGAAGGAUUUUUACGUCACAGGCAAUAAAAGCAGGCUCUAAGGAUUACUUAGUUCGGUUAGGCCAUGUAGGUCGGAGGGCGUGGCUUUAUGUAGAACAUUUAGGAAAUGUUACUGGAAGAUCACCGGGAAACCUGGUACAAUUAGAUGUAGUGCCUCUCCUGUAUGUAGGAGGAUUCGAUGUAAAGAAUUUUUCCACGCUGCCGCAUGAUCUGCCAUUACAUACAGGCUUUUCAGGUUGUAUUUAUGAUUUGGAAAUGAAAUCUGGAAGUGUGGUCAUACCUUUUCAGGGGUCAAUGAAGGCUUUCGGUAGAGCAGUCGGCCAGUGUGGCACAAGCGAAUGUUAUGAACGAAGCUGUCAAAAUGGUGGUGCUUGUUUACAUCACGGAAGUACUUUCAUGUGUCUAUGCCAAGAUGAUUGGUUUGGACCAUUAUGUUCAUCUAAGCAUAACUUAUGUAACAGUAAUUACACCAUGUGUGCAGAAAAUUCAAGGUGUGUUCCUUUACUUUCACAUUCUGAAUGCGAUUGCCCUUUCGGCCAAGUUGGACAAUAUUGCGAGAAAAAUGAGCAAAUUACUGAUGUGAGUUUAACUGGAGUAAGAUCCUUUAUAACUCUGAAUCCCGUUGAACUCGAAGGUACAAAGUUCCACAUACAAUUUGAGAUAAGGAUUUUGAAGGAUCAUGGUGUUGUCCUAUAUAUGGGAAAAAAAGAUCUAAGAUUUAUUUGUUUAUCGGUUCAGAAUGGCGUCUUAGAACUUAAAAUACAGUCAGGUAGCAGCAAAAUUGUCUCUUCCGGUCUAGUAAUUCGAAGUUCAAAACUCCUGGUCAAAGGCGUUUGGCACAAAAUCCAGUUCGGACGUUUCGGCAAAAAAGUAUACCUUUCUGUAGAUAAUAUUAUAAACACAGGUAUAUUAGACUUAAGCCAUACAACAAAUUUAUAUAAAGAAACUAUUUACUUGGGAGGCCUUCCAGAUAUGUCGAGACUACCCUUGUUCGUUGGUUCUAGUUUACCUGUUCAUUUGAAAGGAUGUCUCCGUCACCUAUCUAUUAACGACAAAGAAAUACCACUAAAUAAAGACAAUAUUAAAGACUCUAGGAAUCUUAUUGACUGUGAUGGGACCCCAUGUGGUGGAGAAGCGUGCAAAAAUGGUGGAACUUGUUGGCUAGAUUCCUUUAUGAAGCCGCACUGUUCAUGUGCAGCACCAUAUUUUGGUGAAACAUGUGAAAAUACCAUGCUUUGUGAUGAAAGAACUUGCAAAAACAGAGGAAUAUGCUUAAACAAUAAAUGUACCUGUCAAGUAGGAUGGACGGGUGCUUUUUGCGAAUUUGAAAUUCCUGUUAUUAAUCCCAGGUUCAGUGGUGAUAGUUACUUAAUUAUGAGUAAGGUUGGGGAUAAGAAGAGAGAACUAAGAGAAGGUGUGAAGAGUAUAUUUCUAAAUUUUACUACGGUUGAACCAAACGGUCUUCUAUUUUGGAACAGAAAGGGAGGAAAUAAUAUAGGAAUAGGCCUAGAAAAUGGUUUUUUGAAGAUAUGGAUAGGUUUCGAAAAGAACAAACAAAAUAUUUUAGAAGUUCCUGCCUACAGUCAACUUUCUGAUGGCCUUUGGCAUAAACUAGACCUCAAUAUUGAGCUGCUUACCUUAAAAAUUGACGAGAAACUUUUUCAAAUUCAGAAAAAGGUAGACAAAAACGCAAAAUUUUACCCAACGGGAACCUUUUACAUUGGAGGGAUUCCUAAUAGGACCGGUUUAAUGAUGGAGACCAAUGGGAUGUUUCAACAUAAUUUCGAAGGGUGUAUAGCAGCGUUCGGUACAAAUAUGGACAUUAUUACUGAUUUUAGCCGCAUGGAAGGCUCAAAUAUAGAUUCGUGUGAAGUUUUAGCAUUGUAG